AUGGCGGUGUCCGCCGGCUGCGCCGUGGUGUUCGUCAGCCAGGCGUGGCGCCAGUACAGGGAGAGCCCCAUCAGGACCACCGUAAGGACCACCAACUUCCCGCUCUCCGAGAUACCUUUCCCUGCCGUCACCGUCUGUCCCACCACCAAAGUGCGCCGCACUGUCGGGGAGAAGCUGCUUGCAAGCUUGCUGAACAUCACCGAGCUGAACGACACGGUGCGUGGUGAGCUGCGGCUCGUGAUGGCAAUGCUGGCCAACCACGAGUUCCCCUACAACUACCGCGUGUGGCAGUACUACAAUAGUUCCACAGACAUGAUCAGCAAGCUCAACGAUAAACUCAAUGUCACGUGGUUCAUGUUGCAGGUGAUGCCUCCACUAGAAAAGAUGCUUGGUUUGUGCGUAUGGCAAGGUGAAUUCCAAAACUGCACUUCAAUAUUCUCGCUACAACGUACCGAGGGAGGCUUCUGCUACAGCUUCAAUUCGCUCACUUCGGAGGCAUCUAGGCAUUGCCUCGCCUCGGGGCCCACCACCGGCCUCGAGCUCACCCUGUACGACACGCCGGACGCCGACAAGAUCAGCCCCGAGCAGCGCGACCACCACGGCUUCAGGGUGCUGGUGCAGAACGUGGAGCAGCCGCCGGAGUCGGCGCGCGGGCUGCUGGUGGCGCGGCGGCGCGGCCGAGUCAUGAAGCUGCUGCUGAGCGCCGCGCUCACCGACAGCCGGCGCCACCUGCUGCGGCUGGGCGCGCGCCAGCGGGGCUGUCUGUUCGACAGCGAGGCCACGCCCCUCCUGGCCACCGUCUACUCGUUCAAGACGUGCCUCAUGGACUGCCGCCUCCAGCACAUCCUACGCCAUUGCCGCUGCGUUCCUUACUACUUUAACCAUGUGGCCGGAGACCUGCGGUUCUACCGCGUGGACGACGGCGGCGCGGCAGAAGGUGGGCAGUCGGCGGGCGCGCUCAACUGCUCGUGCCUGCCCGACUGCCACGUCUACGCGUACGGCGUGGACGCGCGCUACGAGGCCAGCCCCGCCAUACGCGCCGACGCCUACAUCGACGUCUACUACUCAGAGUCUGCCGCCGUCUUCUACCUGCGGGAGCUCACGUUCGACGCGGCGCAGCUCAUCGUGUCAUUCGGAGGCGUCCUGAGCCUGUUCCUGGGGGUGAGCGUGCUGUCCCUGGCUGAGGUGCCGCACUUCGCGCUGCGGCUGGUCACGGCGCUGUACCACGGCAGCGGGUCCACCACCGCCAACGCCACCACAACGGAUCACCAGCCACAGUCCGUGUGGGCCACCACGGCACCGGGUCACCGACAUCCCACUGUCUCUGACCAUCCCUGGAGCACAGUGUCAAGGCCUAAGCUACGCGUACUGCGCGACACGGCGAGCAUCGCUGGCAGCAGCCACCGCCUCCGGACACGCAAAGGCACGAAAUGGCUCGGGCGAAAGUCCCCGCAAUUGCCGCUCUUCAGGGGCGCUCUGCGGCUCAAGAGCGGGAAAAUUGCGGCAGUUGCCGCUCCACAGGAACACUCCGACACUGAAAUGGCGCUGGCGCAGUGGAGGGCGAGCGUCGCAGCCCGGUGGUGA